AUGGCGCUCGUCGUCCCUAGAAGCGCUUUCCUUUCUCAGUCUUUUUCUUCUUCUUCUUCUUCUUCUUUUGAAAUAGAAGACGAAUAUUUAGUUGUCGAGCGAAGAGCAGAUGAAAUGGGAGAAGAAGAACACAAAGAAAACCAAGAUGAAGAUACCGCGCUCGUCGUGGUGGCGACGUUAGACUACGUCAUCGCAGACAAACUUCAAGGCGAACUUUUAUGCGGCGACAAAGGAAACGGACAAUCGUUCGAUAGCGAGAAUUACGCUUUCAACGAAGCGACGCAAACGUACGAAUUUAUGCCGAAGACUAUUGAAAGGGCCUAUUGUUUCAACGUGUGCGUUCUUGGCUCGUACCGAGGCCAAGGAUUUGCGCACAGAUUGAUUCGCGAAGCCGUUCGAAGAGUUGCGCUGAACUCGGUGAAAUUUUUAUACGUGCACGUAGAACUAAACAAUGCGCCGGCGUUGCGCUGCUACGAAUCGUUUGGAUUUUUAGAGGAGAAGAAAGAGAGUGAGAGGGUGGCGGUAAAGUUAGGACGCCCGCCGCGGAAGUUGCUCUUCGUGACAGUCGCGCCUGUAGCCGAGGCAUGUGCAUAG